AUGAAACCAGAACUUAACGAAAAAUCUCAAAAUGCAUUUUUAGGUGUACGCGGUAUAGUAAAGACGGUUAUUAGAAAUUCCAACGUUAGUGAAGAAGUGAUGAGAACUGCUAAACUUUUUGCAAAUAUUGAUUCUUUAGAAAAGUUGACAGCGGGAGUUACACAACUUCGGGAAAGAAACAUGCAAAUGCUUGAUGCAUUAUAUAUAGUUCCUCAAAUUUCUGAUGGAUUAAAUGUAGAAGAAUUAAUAAAAUAUCCUCCUCUUCCUCCUUCUUCUUCUUAA